GAAGCCACUGGCAGUUGGCGAGGGUGAUGUAGUAAGAACGGGCCGAUCGCAUGCCCCAUUGCGCGACGAUGGAUGACGUAAAGAUCGUGGAAUUUGCCCGAUGGGGCUAGUCGCGCGAGCUGGUGGAUGAGACGAACAUGGCUGGGGUCAAGGGGCCUAGACUCUACCGCAGAGGAUCUGAUACCCAAGUUUUGGAUAUGAACAGCCUGGGAAUGGCUUUGAAACUGAAUUCGUGUAUUUAUCUUGCUCAAGAUGCUCUUACUCGCCGGCUUCUACUGAAAGUCUCAUCUCACACGGUUAUACUUGAAGGCUGAAGGACAACUUACAAUGCUAUCAACCACCCCCACUCCCCUUGCAAACCCACGACUCCUCAUCACCAGUCACACCGAGUCGGGCGCCUCAAUAUUCUUUCAUGACCAGUCCCUCGAGCCAUUUGUCCCCUUCGGCUUGAGCGCCAGCUCCUUCGCCGUCUUUGACGCCCGGCCGACGGUCCCAGUCUCGAACCAACCUGACCCAUUAUACCAGCAAGAUCUCGCACAAUCCCUCCCCCGAUGCCCGCCUUAAGGUAUCGUUUUCUGCAUUACUAAUCUCCUACCCCGGUAUAGUACGCCUAUGCACUGUACGUCCAGUCUGGACUACUGCGGUGUCGUGUCCGGGAAGCGAAGGUGAAGGAACAAAGGGAGAAGAGAAAACGGUUAGAGCGGGGGAGUUUGUCGUGCAAGGGGGAGUGAAUCAUAAGUGAAUCAUGAGUGGAGUAACCGGACGGAGGAGGUUUGUAGGAUUGCGUUUGUCAUGGUUGGGGCGGAGCAGGUGAAGCUCAAUAAUGGCGAGGUGUUGGAAGAGACUGUGUUU